UUGUGAUCGCCGUUUCGAUGGAGCUGAGUCAAUUUCGAAAUGAGGCCUAAGUAGGUAACAAACUUGAGCGUAUGGCCCAUCGUCAACGGAGACCCAACGAGCCUGUCUAAGAUUGUGGGUAGCGCCUUUAAGUUGUGAGUCUCUAUAGCCCUGCCACCGAAUGUUGCCAGAGUUUUCUGAACUCCUUGGCACUUUAGGUUCCCCAUUUUCCUUCCAUAAAAGAUGUGAGAAGUCCGAAGUAUUCACUCUUGCUAACUAUAAGAGGCCCUUCUGGCUCGAUGCUUCCCUUCACUCUACCUCUCUCCACCAAUCAACCAAUCUCCAGGGUGCUUCAGCGUCAUCAUCCGAACCUCUCAUAUCCUUUCGCCUCGGCUUCAGAGCAGCAGCAAGAUGGGACGUCUUAGUAGCGGCUGCUGGGCACUAUUGGUUGGAGCUACCUCCGCUGUGAGGUUCGACAUCGUACCCGAUACCACAGGUAUAGACAGUCUCGGGUCGAACUUGCCAACUCUCUACUCCUUCCAGGAGUCUCAACUAGCCUCUGAACAAUCAAACUCCUACUGGGCCGCAUCCUUCGUCACAGCUUCCAAUGACCGCCAGUAUGCAAUAAUGUCUCAGCAGAUGCCAACCGGCACCGGUCAGAGCAUCUUCCAGUCGUCAAUUCUGGAUCUCGAAGACACCAGCAACUACUGGCUCACGGCUGGCCUCGCACCGCUGCAGGGAAACCUGACGAUCAAGAACGGCCUGCUCGACAUUGAAGUCGAUGGUUCUGCCUUCAAGAGUGCUUCCAGUGACAGCUUCUCGUCGUUAAACACGUGGGGUGAGUACGACACAUACGCGUUCAACCUCACCUUUGACGCCUCCUCGCCCGUCAUACUCAACGGCGGCGUCGGUCGCUUCCGUUGGGGAACCGGAACCACCACGCAAUGGUCGCUGCCGAGCUGCAAGACCCAGGGCUCCUUCACCAUCAACGGAACCGCACUCGAGAUCGACCCCACGCGAUCCUUGACCUGGUACGAUCGCCAGCACGGCGUUGGCGGCCCCAACAACUUCACCUGGUUCGGACUCAACUUCCCUGGCGGCAUCAGAGCCAGUAUCUGGUACUCCAACACCGCAGAGCCUAGUCAGCAGCUGCGCUUCGCUACCAUUCGUGCCGAGGACGGGCUUCAUCUUGUUCGCUUCAAGAUGACCCCGGGAAACGCGACGACAUGGACAUCCCCGGUCACGAACACGACGUACGCCCAGGACUGGAAGCUCUCCUUCGACAAUGGUGACUCCCUUUCCAUCAAAAGCAUUCGCCAGGAUCAGGAGAAGGGCUCAGGCGCGGGUAGGUUCUACAGCGGAGUCGUGGAGGCGGAAGGGAGUCUUUUCGGCCAAGAGAAGGGCUUUGGCUUUGUGGAUAUCGUUCCGAAGCUGAGCUUGUAGACGGUGAGUCGGUAAGGGGAGAGGUGAUCAGCCAAUCUGGUAUGCGUAGUAUCCGAGCAUAAUGAACCGAAUGCUGAGAAGCGAACGGGGCUUGUUUCAUGAUACCGGUGCCGAAAUGCCAUCUGCUAUCGUACGAAGACCA